AUGGCCACGUGGAUCUGGCACCCAGACUGGACCGAAGAGCCCGCCGAGGCGUCGGCUGGAGCCCUGGUGCACUUUCGAAAAUCCAUCAUCCUGUCAACGCUUCAUCCCCAGCCCAUCCUCAUCCGCAUCACCGCCGACACCAAAUACAAGCUCUAUAUCAACUCAAAGCUGGUAUCCAUCGGUCCUGUCAAGGGGGACCGCCAUCUCUGGUUCUACGACGAGGUGGACAUCCGACCCUACCUCCAGCUGGGCCGGAACAACAUCAACGUCCGCGUGCUUCGAUUCUACUACGCCACGCAGCAUGCGACGAGCUUCCCAAGAUUACAUCGCCCGGGCCUGUUUAUCCAGCACACCCAGGCGGAAACCGCGCUGGGUGCUGGCUGCAUUCAAAGCGACCGAACAUGGGAGGCCGCCCUCGAUCAAACAACCAUCCUACCGACCGAGAUCAAAGAAGAUGAGUUUCUGCACGUCUACGAGCGAGUAGACGGCAGGUGUGAAUUAGCGACUCCAAAAUGGGUCCAGGUGGAGGAGCUGCAAUUCCCCAAUUCACAUGGGCUGUCCGCCCCGUGGAAACUGUCGCCUCGUAUGAUCCCACUUUCUCGAUAUCAACCGGGAUACUUCAAAUCCAUCUGUACCGUUUCCAGUGCCCUGCCGCGAUCGGAUUGGGAACGCACUCUUCUCGAGCCCGGUAUCAAGAAGUCAGCGUCGUCGUCGUCGUCGGUGAUCCGCCUGCCAGCUGGUAGCGAACACUAUCUCGAGCUCGAAGCCGACACCCAUAUGACCGCUUUUCCGUAUUUUUGCUUCGAAUGGCCACGCGACCUGGGCAGCACCCUGCGGGUGACCUACUCCGAGUGCUACGAAGACACCCCGUACCAGGUCCCCUAUAUCCGGCGCAAGGAGAACCGCUGUGACACCACAAAGAGCAUCAUUGGCCCGCAGGACGAAUAUAUCUUUGGAGGAGUUGCCGCCAAGUCGACGAAAAGCAGUCUCCCGUACCAUGAGAGCCAAGCGGACGAGGAGGUGUUUGCUCCGUUUCACUUUCGGACAUUCCGCUUCCUGGCUGUGCAUAUCAAAGUCUCUGACACGGCAGAUCUCAUCCUGAAGCGCAUUGAUCUAGUCAAAACCAACUAUCCACUGCAAGUCCACGCGGAUAUCAAGCUCUCGGUUGCCGACAAUGUAUACAGGGACAUGUGGACAACCAGUGUCCGAACCCUGACAAACUGCAUGCACGACUGCUUCGAGGACUGUCCCUUUUACGAGCAGCUGCAAUAUGCAAUGGAUGCUCGAAGCUCUGCGCUAUUCACCUAUUGCAUCUCGGGCGACGCCCGUCUAGCCCGCCAGGCGAUCCACCAGCCGCACAACUCGUACGACCCCCGGUUGGGACUCACUGCAAGCCGAGCACCCGCGCACCAGCAGCAGAUCAUUCCGCAUUUCUCACUCUUCUGGAUCUGCAUGGUGGCCGACCACUUUCAGCGGUUCAAUCAGAUUGAUUUUGUUCGCCAAUUCGUCCCGGUGUGUGAUGGAAUCCUCGAGUCCUUCUCGCGCCGAGUGGACCCCAGCCUUGGGCUCGUGCGCAGCGUGCAGAGCCCCGACCAGUGGGACUUUGUCGACUGGGCAGAGCCCUGGAAACCCAUGGGAAUCCCGCCGGCGGUGGAGAGAACGGGGUUCCAGUCCUAUACCAGCAUGUUGUACGCCUACACCCUGGCAGCAAUCUGCCCGCUCCUCGUCGCAAUGAGUCGUCCAGGCAUGGCCGAGGAAUAUCAGAUUCGGGCCAACGCCAUCAAAGGCGCGCUGAUCGCGUCCUGCUUCGACGGCCGCUUCUUCACGGAUGGACUGGCGGCGAAUUCGGAUCCUGCCUCGGACUACAGCCAACACGCCCAGGUGUGGGCGGUCCUCUGCGGCGCUGCAACAGGAGAUGUUGCUCUCGACAUCAUGAGCGAGUGCACCGCGCCAUCCAGCAGGAGAAAAUUUACUCAGACCUCCACGGCCAUGUCCUUUUACACCCUGCGGGCUCUCGCUGAGGUCGGUGGUGGCCUGUACGAGGAACGGUUCCAUGAGUUCUGGGCGCCGUGGAAAGCACAGCUGGCGCAGAAUCUGACAACGUGGGUAGAGGAUAGCGUCUCGAAUCGAUCAGACUGCCAUGCGUGGGGGAGCUCGCCUCUGUAUGAGUUUAUGGUCGAGGUGGCCGGCGUGCGGACCGUGGGUUCGGGGGCAAACAAGAGCAUCGCCUUUCGGCCUCGCAUCGCUCUGUUCAACGAGUUCCGCGCCAAGGUUCCAAUCCUCAGGGAUGAUUUUUUGGGGAUUGCACAUGUCCACUGGAAGCCCGAGGGGGAUGCUGUCCAGCUAUCGCUGUCGUUGGAAUUUACAGAAGGGGGGUCGAUCGCCGUGUCGUUACCAGAUGGGCACAUCGUGAGGAUGGAGCGUCUUGAGGAAGUGCGACUUGUCCUUGCGAGGAAAUGA